AUGCCCUCCUUGCCAUGCCCUCCUUGCCAUGCCCUCCUUCCAUGCCCUCCUUGCCAUGCCCUCGCAUCUGCGUCCCUGCACUAUCCUUCCCAGUCCACUCUCCUGUACGCAGGCAUAGCAGCGGUCGUGCUCUCGCGCUUGCAAAUGAAGCUCCCACAGUUUGGGGGUAAGGCACGCAGUCAGAAGGGCAAGUCGCCGCCAGUGCUGUUUGCUGACGUGGCAGGGGUGGAUGAGGCGAAAGAGGAGCUAGAGGAGAUCGUGGAGUAUCUCCGCACGCCGGAGCGUUUCACUCGACUGGGGGCCAGACCUCCCAGAGGAGUGCUGCUGGUUGGGCCGCCAGGCACGGGAAAGACGAUGCUGGCCAAGGCAGUGGCUGGGGAGGCAGACGUACCCUUUAUAAGCUGCAGCGGUAGCGAGUUUGUGGAGCUGUAUGUGGGCCUGGGUGCGUCGCGAGUGAGAGAGCUGUUCGCGCAGGCAAAGAAGGACUCGCCGUCUAUCGUGUUUAUUGAUGAGAUCGAUGCAGUGGCCAAG